GCAGAAAUGGAUGCCAUAUGGUUGAUUGAAUCUACACGUGAAUGUAUGGCGAAAACUGCUGAAAAGCUCUAUGCUAUGGGCAUAUAUAUCAAAGAUAUUAAGUGUAUCGGUAUUACCAAUCAAAUGCUGACUAUUAUAUUUUGGGACAAAGUCACAGGAAAACCCCUGUGUAAUGCUAUAGUUUAUUCGGAUGCAAGGGCCCACGAUAGACAUCAAGAACUAGAAAGACAGAUGACCAAAGACGAUCGUUUGAAGUAUCAAAAAGAAAGUGGUAUGCCAUUCACCUCCAUAUUCCUACCGGUAAAGUUGCCAUGGAUACUAGAGAACAACCCCGUAGUUAAGGAAGUCUUAAAUCAAGGGAGACUACUAACAGGGACAGUCAACACGUGGAUACUCUGGACGCUGACUGGGGGUCCCAAUGGCGGCAGCUACAUGACUGACGUCACCAAUGCCUGUCACACAGGAUUAAUGAACGUCUACACCCUCACAUGGGAUGCCAAUACUUGCAGUAAAUUCAACAUUCCGAUGUCAAUUCUGCCAGAUAUUCACAGUACUUCGGAGCUAUACGGCUACGUCAAGGAAGGACCCUUCCAGGGACUUCCUCUGUCUGGGAUGCUUGGUGACCAACCGGCUGCGACGACUGGCCAGCUGUGUUUUAAACAAGGGGAGUCAAAAUGCACAUAUGGCACCGUUGCGUCACUGAACAUCAAUACGGGAACAACGGUCGUUACAUCAGGUCAUGGACUGCUUACCAGCCCUUUGUACCAGUUAGGGAAGAGGAGUCCUGCCGUCUAUAUGCUGGAGGGAGUGGUGGCGUCCUGUGGAAAUGUCGUUAAGUGGAUCAGGGACAAUCUAGGAAUGAUCACGAAAGCAUCUGAAAUAGAAGAACUAGCCUGCACUGUAGAGGAUACAGACGACUGUUAUUUCGUGCCUGCUCUUGAGGGUUUCUUCUGCCCCUACUGGACGGAUGAUGCUAGAGGCGUUAUUUGCGGUCUCAAUAUGAAUACUACCAAGGCACAUAUAUGUCGAGCAGCGUUGGAAUCAAUCUGUUUUCAGGUCAGAAAGUUAUUAGAAAUUGCCGCAGACGAAAGUGGGUUUCCGAUACCUUCCCUCAAGGCAGACGGAGGAAUGGUAGUUAAUACGUUUUUUAUGCAGAUGCAGGCUGAUAUCCUAGGAGAAAAUGUAGUACGUCCGGCUAUGAAAGAAACGACCUCAUUUGGGGCCGCAUUAAUGGCAGGAGCGGCUGAUGGUAUGGACGUAUUCCGGAUAACGGAGGAUCGCCUUGGUCUCGAAGUAGAGUUCCCACAAAAAUAUGAUGUAUUUGAAAAGUCUAUUUCUGCAGAAGUUCUAGAAAAGAAGCUAAAACGAUGGGAAAAGGCUGUCCAAAAAUCAUUUGAUUGGAUGAAGGAAUGACUCAAACAACUUAAAAUUCUCUUUUUUUUAAUGUAAUUAGCGAAUGUCGUUUCUUAAGGGAUUCAAAUAAUCAACCAUUACGACGUGGCUUUAUUGGAGGUUUAGCGUCAGUCUUAGGCUGGCUUUAUUGGAGGUUUAGCGUCAGUCUUAGGCUGGCUUUUAUUUUUGGAGGGACUUUGUUAAUUCUGUAACGUUUGACAAGGGAAACCGCAUAACAGUUAUGACAAAAAACUAAGGUUUUUAUUGUUCUCUAUUUCCAUUUUUAAUUUAUCAAAUCACUUCAAAUGCAAAAUCUUGUUUCAUGGUGGCAGGUUUUAUAUAGUCGAAAAUUAAAUGAAUGGGAGGACACCAAUUUGUAUGUUACCAAUGCAUUUUAAUUACAUAUUACAUAAAUUGAACACAAACGAAAAAUAAGCAUCAAAUUAAUUUUCAGACAAAAAAGAAAUUACUUUCCUGGGAGUCCGGAAAUUAUUUACAGUGAAAGGAAACGCAUCUUUACUUAUCAUGUACCUACUUGAGCUUACCUGAGUUUUGUUUAAACAUUCCAUUCAUGAUAGUUUACUUCGUUUAUUUGCCGUUUACUAUUUCCUUUGUAGAGAGAGAGAGAGCAAGAGAGAGAGAGAGAGAGAGAGAGAGAGAGAGAGAGAGAGAUUGUGUAUUUUACGUUUUAUUUCUUUAAUGUUUCUGUUGUGUUGUGAAUAAAGUGUACA